AUGGAUGAGGAACCAGUGUCGGGCGGCGGCGGAGGCCCUGAGCCGAAGGUGUCGGCUGCUCAGGUGUCACCGGCUGGUCGGCUGAAGGGAGAGCAGAGAACCGGAGAUCAGCAGCUGUGGCCGGAUCAGAUCACCUGCUGGAGGGACUCAAUCCCGGCUCAGCCCAGAGACGCUAAGAUGAUUCGCUCCAUCGCCAGUCUGAUUAGAGCAAAGAGCAAACUGCUGCUCCUGGAGAAUCCGGAUACUGUGGAGAUCUACAAGAGUAACCUAAAGGCACAACGGGAGGCAAAGAAAUCCAACGUCACCGUGACGAUGACCUACCUGGGACAAGGUCACCGAGGUUCGACUCAGGACGAGCUGAAGGUGCUGCAGCAGGUCAACGGAGGGGAGAACGUCUGCGUCUUUAAAGGCCUGGUGACUCCAGGAGAACAGUUCCAGUUUGUGUCUCAGAGACACCGAGGUUACCCUUUCAGUGCUACGCUGUACGUUAACAGCAUCAUGGUGGCCAGAAUCAGCUCCUGCUGCGAGUACCGCUACGCUCCCGGCUUCCAGCAGGGCAGGAAAAGCUGCUUCAGAUUGGCUUGGCUGGCUGGUGGGAUCCCCUGCUACAGAUGUACAAGUCUGCGAAACAAAUACAGCUCCUGCCAACAGCUGAACAACGGCACAAAAGAGAACUUAAUUCUCCCUCUAGAGCAGAGCCCUGGCGAUGCAGGCACCAUCGAGUCAUGUCCAUCAUCCCCUCUUUUUAUCCCGGCCAAACCAGCGAAAAAAUCGGUGAGGAGGACAAGAAAACACAUCAAAGAAGGCGGCGGUGGGUCCACAGACAGCGAAGACCUCGCCGUAGCCGGAAUUAAAGAGACCUCCAAGAAGAAGCGACGCAAGGGUCAAACUAAUCAGAAAGGGAGCAAAGGCAAGACAGCUGGAAGUAACAGAGGGGAAGAGGGAGAAGACAGCGAGGGCUCAGAAAGGUCAACGGUGGCAGAAAAGCGUGAGGAGCGAGCGACGUCCACCAGACGGGAGCAGAAACGGGACAAAACAAGCAGCAAUGUCACGGCGCCGCAGACGGAGCAGCAGCCGUCGAACAUGACAAGGAAAGCUGUCGAUUCAUUGCAGGAUGAGGAAGCACUGACUAAGCAGAACGCAGAGAAACAGAAGGACCCGGGAUCAAAUGGGAAAAACAGAGAUGGGGAAAGACUGAAGGACUUCUAUGAAGAAUGUGUGGAAAUGAGUGCAGCGCUGAAGCAGGGCCCAAACAAACACCACUGGUUCAAGGCAAACAGUGAGUAAAGAAACCGCAGCUCCGUCGGAACGAACUGGAAUCCCCUGGAGUGCUGUUGCUGAUUUACAUAAUACGCUCCAGCAGAAAGAAAAA